CAGGAGAUGUGUGUUAGCUCUUAGCAGAGUGUAACACACCUAUCUAUCAUGUUUAAUGCACUUGAUCCAUAUUCAAGAGUUGAUCGAAUAGUCCAAGUAGUCGGUUCCACGGAAUCUGUAUAUUAAAUGUCUAACAGAUGAAGCCACUUGUGAUAUAAAUAUAGGUAUGUCGAAUCUGGCACUCAAAUGGUGGCAUAUUGGGACACAAUUUAAUGUCUCACUUGUAGAUACUAUCCCCUUAUGGCGUUUCUUCUCUCUUAAAUUACCUUCAAAGUAAUUGUAUUUCUUUAUGAAAAUGCUGCUGUAAGAAGUUUGUUCUCUCAUCAAAUGUCUGAGAUCAAUCUCAUUUUGAAGGGAAUUUAAAAUGAUAUGUUGUCAACUACAUGAAUCAAAAGGUAUGACCCAGUGACUUCAUCUCCAUGCAUUAUAUUAUUUGGUCAUUCUGCAUAUUUAAGAACAAGUGAUACAUUAGAAAUCUCUGGCAAUGUUUUCAAUUGGGAGGUCUAAUCGUGACACCAUUCGUGGCAUUUGCAGUUCACGACCUCUUUGUACAACCAAUCACUUUUUAGACAGUUCCCUCUCGUCCAAUCGGAUGAGGUGAUGUUGGAGCGUGUAGAGUUGUGUUGUUUUUAAUUUGGAAGUGAGCGAAUCAGGGAACUGUCAAGCGGUAAAAAAGAGCACCACAUGUUUUCCAGAGUAUCAUAGUUGCUAUAGCUUCAGUUAGCUAACUAACAUAAACCCUAGCAACCUGUUGAUUGAUGUAAGCAGGCUAACGUUAGCAGCCACCAAUGUUUAACAACGAUGAGGAUAUUGUAGAUGUGGCCACUUUAAGGAAUCAAUUGUGAUUGACGGAGAUAAGUUUGAAAAGUUUGGGAGAACAAUUAUGGGCUGUGGAGAUGGAGGUUGCCCCCUCCUCAGGGAGAAGCUGGGUUGCCUGCGUCAAGAGAACGACUCCCUGGAGAACAGACAGCUCAUUAGGGACCUGGUGGUGGCCCAGAUUGAACUGGGCAGCUCCAAGACCAAGUGAGGCAGCUGGAGACAGCGCUGGCCUGUAGAGAUGUAGGCCAAGGAUCAGUACCAGAGACAGCGCUGGCCUGUAGACAUGGAGGCCAAGGAUCAGUACCAGAGACAGAGCUGGCCUGUAGAGAUGGAGGCCAAGGAUCAGUACCAGAGACAGCACUGGCCUGUAGAGAUGGAGGCCAAGGAUCGGUACCAGAGACAGCUGGACAUCAAGAGCCACGAGGUGUGUGUGUUUUGCGGUGCUACAUCUCCCCCGGCUCCACAGCUCCCCCGGCUCCACAGCUCCCCCGGCUCCACAGCUCCCCCGGCUCCACAGCUCCCCCGGCUGCACAGCUCCCCCUGCUCCCCCAGCUCCACAGCUCCCCCGGCUCCACAGCUCCCCCGGCUGCACAAAUAAAUAUUCAUACCCCUUAUUCAAUGUUAGAAUCAGCUUUGGUAGUGAUUACAGCUGUGAGUUUUUCUGGUUCAGGCUUCUGGAUUGUACAAUAUUUGCCCAUUUAUUCUCUUCAAGCUCUUUCAAAUUGGUUGUUGAUCAUUGCUAGAUAACCAUUUUCAAGUCUUGCCAUAGAUUUUCAAGCAGAUUUAAGUCAAAACACUAUCUCGGCCACUCAGGAACAUUCACUGUCUUGGUAAGCAACUCCUGUGUAGAUUUGGACUUGUGUUUUAGGUUAUUGUCCUGCUGAAAGGAGAAUUCAUCUUCCAGUGUCUGUUAGAAAGCAGACUGAAGGUUUUCUUCUAGGAUUUUGCCUAUGCAUAGCUCCAUUCUGUAAAUGUUUUAUCCUGAAAAACUCCCCAGUCCUUAACGAUUACAAGUAUACCCAUAACAUGAUGCAGCCAGGACCUCUAUACCAGGUGGUGUCAGAGGAAGGCCCUAAAAAUUGUCAAGGACUCCAGCCACCCUAGUCAUAGAUUGUUCUCUCUGCUACCACAUGGCAAGCAAUACCGGAGCGCCAAGUCUAGGUCCAAGAGGCUUUUCAACAGCUUUUACCCCCAAGCCGUAAGACUCCUGAACAGCUAAUCAAAUGGCUACCCAGACUAUCUGCAUCAAUGCUGCUGAUACUCUAUUAUCUAUGCAUAGUCACUUUGAAAACUCUACAUGUACAUAUUACCUCGACUAGCCUGUGCCCCCGCACAUUGACUCUGUACCUGUACCCCCAGUAUAAAGCUCCGCUAUUGUUAUUUACUGCUGCUCUUUAAUUAUUUGUUAUUCUUAUCUCUUACUUUUCUUUUGAGUAUUUUCUUAACUGCAUUGUUGGUUAAGGGCUUGUAAGCAUUUCACUGUUAGUUCUACACCCGUUGUAUUCGGCGCAUGUGACAAAUAACAUUUUGAUAUGAUUUCAUGUGAAAGUGGAAUUAAUGUUUUUACAAAUUUUUACAAAUUAAUUAAAAAUGAAAAGCUGAAAUGUCUUGAGUAAAUAUGUGUCCAAUCCCUUUGUUAUGGUGUCUUGUUGCAAACAGGAGGAAUAUUUUUGAAUAUUUUUUAUUAUGUACAGGCUUCUUUCUUUUCACUCUGUCAAUUAGAGUAGUAUUGUGGAGUAACUACGACGUUGUUGGUGUUUUAGAGUUUAAUGGCUGUGACAGUAGAACACUAAGUGUUUUAUAGUCACGACUGGCCUCAUGGUGAAAUGAGGGCAGUCGUGUGAUUUCCUUUCUCUCCGUCAACUGAGUGGGGAAGGACGCCUGUAUAUUUGUAGUGACUGGAUGUAUUGAUACACCAUCUAAAGUGUCAUUAAGAACUUCACCAUGCUCAAAGGGAUGUUCAAUGUUUUAUUUAAUUUAUUUUUUUACUCCUCUACCAAUAACUUCCCUACUUUGCGAGGCACUGGAAAACCUCCCUGGUCUUUGCGUUGAAUUUGUGUUUGGAAUUCACUGCUCAACUGAGGGACCUUACAAUUAUCUGUAUGUGUGGUUGUCAUUCAAAAAUAAUGUUAAACACUAUUAUUGCAUACAUAGUGAGUCCAUGCAACUUAUGUGACUUGUUAAAAAAAUCUUAUUCCUGAACCUAUUUAGGCUUGCUAUAACAAUUGGGUUGAAUACAUAUUUACUCAAGGCAUUUCAGCUUUUCGUUUUCUUGACAUUAUGGGGUAUUGUGUGUAGGCCAGUGUCAAAACAUUCUCAAAAUAAUCUAUUUUAAAUUCAGGAUGUGAUACAAUAAAAUGUCUAAUAAGUAAA